AUGGAGAACGUUGAAAUAGAUACUGCACAAGUCGGCCAGAUGUAUCACGAGCCUUGGCUACUAUAUUUUGAUGGCUCAAGCACCAGUGACUCCGCCGGGGCAAGAAUAGUGAUUGAAUCUCCAACCGGCCAAAAGCAUCAAUAUGCCUUCAAACUGGACUUUAACUGCACAAACAACCAGGCUGAAUAUGAAGCCUUAAUCAUUGGCUUGGAAGUAUUGGAAGAGCUUGGAGCAACACGAGUUAAAGUGUUUGGGGACUCACUACUAGUCAUCAAUCAAAUGCUCCAGGUUUUUAGAUGUUCAAAUCUCUCGUUGGCCACUUAUUAUGCCGCCGCACAACAACUGCUUAGUUGUUUUCAUGAUGUGGAAUUUCACCAUCUUCCGCGAGAACUCAAUCGUGAAGCGAAUGAAAUGGCUCAAAUUGCUUCCGGCGUCAGCAUUCCAGCAGGCCAGACUAACAAAAUCAUCACCAUUGAGAGAAAAUCGUUGCCAUCUUUGGCCAAGAGGGGUAUGCCGGCUGAUGUCUUUGAGCUUGACGUGCUACUUGGUGAUUGGAGAUUUUACAUAAUCCAACACCUUUUGAUGAAAACUGAUGGCGGUGGGAGCCGAAAAAUUAGAAUGUUGUCUAGCAAGUUCACAAUUAAAAAUGGUGAACUGCUAAGGAAAAGUCCUGAUGAUGACCUUCUUCUUCAUUCCUCAGCUCCGAAGAUGCCCAGCUAG